UGGCGGAAGCGACGGAAGCCAAAUUAAUUAAUCGUAAUAGUAAUGAUAAUCACCGAAAAGGAAUAUGCUGACAUGCAUAUCACUCGGGCAUCAUCGGGCUGACUUGCUGACAAGGAUCAUCAACAUAUUUAAACCUGUACGUCCACCGAACCAUCCGGAUGUAAGAUAAUUUCUUUUCUCAAUCAUCCACACAAUGCCCAUUGCAUCUCCAGACACCCUCGAUAAACCUCGCAUCCUCUGCCUUCACGGUGGGGGCUCAUCCGCCGAGAUCUUCCGCAUCCAAACACAGCGUCUCGCCGCUGCUCUAUCCCCGUACUUCCGCCUCGUGUUCGUGCAAGCGCCAUUCCCCGCUACCAUGGCGCCAGAUCUCCAACCAUUCUACGGCUCCAUGGGCCUUGAUUCCUGCCGCCAAUGGUACCAACCUGGCACCAGCAACGAAACCAUAAUCACCCAACUUGAGUCCACCUUGCAAACAGCCAUGGCAACCGACGCAGGAACCGGAAAAUACACCGCCGUCCUGGGCUUCAGCCAAGGCGCCAAAAUGGCCAUGAGCAUUCUCCUCGAGAACCAAUUUCGACGAGACGCAGAUCCCACUCUCGCUGGGUUUGCCGGAGUGCAUUUCGAGUUUGGCAUCAUCCUCGCUGGUCGGGCGUUGCCGUAUGCGCUGAGCAAGCGGACGCUGUAUAACGGCUACUUUGACGCGCCGGGGGAAGUGCCUACGAUGGGGGUGGAUUCAGGGCAUUUCGACGAUCGGUUGAGGACGCCGACGCUGCAUGUUCAUGGAUUGAGGGAUCCGGGGAUUGAAUUGCAUCGGCAGUUGAUGCAUGACUUUGCAGAUGAGGGGAGUGCGGUGCUGGUGGAGUGGAAUGAGGGCCAUCGACUGCCGAUUAAGACGCCGGAUGUGAAGGCGUUUACGGAGGGGAUUCUCAAGGUGGCUGGCAUGUGCUAGCUAUAGAUACUGGCGUUUAUACUAUAGAUUAAUAUUUUUGGUUUUACUGUGAGUGCUUUCAUCUACUUUUGAUAGAACAAAUGAUUACCAGGAUCAAUAGCACUGAUUCAUUUCGUCUUAUUCCUCAAAUCCAUGGUCCUCUACUCCCGAUG